UAGUCGACCACAUAGUGGCGGGCACGGGAUCAAUAGUCUGUGGUACGUACGUAACUCCUCUUGCUGACUCACUUUCAAUACAGCACCCGCCUCUAGCGCCACACGCACUCCCUCACUCCGUGCUACAUAAUUGUACACCUUGGAGGGACUCACUACGGCCACGGGACGCCGUUGGCAGGUAACAUGACUUGCAGCUACGUCGGGGACGACGCCAACUAUUGUGAGAAGACACCGCGGCAGGGCUAGAAAUAUCUUCUGUAGCGUCUGCAUUUGCGUUGUUCCCUCGGGAUAAAACACAAAAGAUUACUGAUAGUUCGAAACUUAACGAUCUGAGGGAUGUUCGUUGUGAUGCGUGAUUAACAUAUAGCCUUCAGCACGGUUCUCCGGAGAAUCAUAGUCGUAUCGUUCACCACGGUGCUAUGACACAGUACACACCUGCUUCGUUAUAUUCUGUACUGUGAAGGAUGCAAUUGUUGGCGGUGAUUUGGAUAAGGUGGUGCAUGACAAUUAAGGAUUAAAUGACAGUCUGGUUUGUCGACUACCCUUCUUUCAUUGUGUGUUUCCUUGGAUCCCAAAACAAGACCGGAGGGACAGGACCUUGUCCUACUUUACAACACGACAGUCUCACAGCAUCUGUAGAAAAAUGACGGACACCAUGGGAUACAACACCAGCCUAUACUCAUCUAUGGCCUUCCUUGCACAGAGUGACGAGGACAUGUGCAACGAAGACGCCAACUGCAGCGACAUCACGGGCAAAGACGCUGGACAGAGAGCAGCAAUGGAGGAACCAAUAUGGACACCGGAUGUUAUUCAAAGAGUCGUCUCCCUUCUUUUUAUAAUGCUGUUGACUUUUGUUGGAAACACUAUUAUAAUAAUUGUGCUGAAUUGCAGCCGUUACAGAAAACGCUACAGUCGAGUGAAUAUUUUCAUCGUGAAUCUAGCUAUUGGGGAUUUAACAGUGUGCUUCUGCACUAUGACAACUGAGAUUCUAUUUGUGGCGUUUGGACAGUGGGUACUUGGGCCAGCUGCGUGUAAGAUUCUCACCUACAUACAGAUCGUGACAUUGGCUAGCACGACAUUUAUACUAACGGCAAUGAGCUUCGACCGAUACAUGGCAAUUUGUCAACCACUUGUGUACCGUGCUACCACGUCACGUGCUAAGAAGAUGAUUGUGGCUUCGUGGAUUUUAGCGUUUGUGUUGGCUAUUCCACAAAUGUUUAUCUUCCUCCAGAACGAGGAUAAAAAAACACAUAAAUUAAAGUGUUCGAGUGCAGGCUACACAGCCUGGUGGCAGAGGAAGCUAUACUUUUCCUUCAUGACGUCCUAUAUUCUUGUGGUUCCGGCUAUAUUCAUCUCUUACUGUUAUAUCAACGUAGUUCUUGUCGUUUGGAGACAGGGAAGAGACAUUGCGGCAUCGAAAGAAAGCAACCUUACUCUACGGCGCUCGAUGGUGGACAGUAAAGCCAUUCCUCGAGCUAAGAUAAAGACCAUAAAGAUGACUUUUAGCAUCAUUGCGAGUUUCAUUGCGUGCUACACUCCUUACUUUGUUACGACCUUAAUACGUGUGUACAGUGAAUACAAGUACACGAUUCCCAAAUCUGUUAUGGCGUUUGCUGAAACAAUAGCAUUGUUACAGAGUGCUAUAAAUCCACUUUUAUAUGGAAUAUUUAAUAUCAAGCUCAAAAGAGGAUUAAUGGAGGUUUUCUGUCCUGAUAAGCUUAUUCGCAAAACAAGUCUGAAGAGCAACGGCCUGACAGAGUGCAUGUCGGUGACAGAGGAUUAUCAAGCUACGAACGCUAAACGACACUCUGCAUUCUCCUUUCGGCAUAGAGACCCUGCUUCCACAUCCAGUAGUAGUUCACAUGAAAGAGUCAAAGGUGUUAUCAUCACGGAGGAAAAUAAGAAUGGAUUCAAACUGAGAGUAAGGUUUGCAUCUAAAGAUACCUUUUUAGGCGAACGUCAUAGUUCUGACGGCGGCGAACAGAGGUCAUGUGACGUUGCUCAUAUUAAGACCACGUGUAUGUGAUUCCAGGGGUACAUGUAUGUUCAUCCGCAUGUAUCGCUUACUGUGUAAUAACAUUGACCAUACUUUUAAAGGUCAUGUGGAAUAUCUUUUCUUCAUUGUGAUAUUAUCUUGGAAACCAAAGGUGUUUUUGCAGUGCUCUUCUCUCAACUAUGGCGUUAUUAAUGCAUGUUUAUUUAUACAUAUGCAUGAAAUAUAUGUGUAGACGACAUUCAUCCCGCUACUCCAAUGGGAGGACAUCAUAACACAUAACUAAAACCCAUGGUAAAAAAAGAAUUCCAGUGCAGAUUCUAAUCUUUUCUAUCAAGCUUAGACCUUACUACGCCAUGUGUACAAACAAUGAAUUAUGAAACACUUAGAUUUUUAAAAAUAUCCAUACCUUAAAACUGAAAAAAAUCUCACGUAAACAUUCAAAUGUGACCAAGGGAGAAGAUAGUGAAAGAAGAAACACGAAGGAACCACACUGACCCAUAAUUCGAAAGACGUCACAUUGGGAAUUACGUUAUGUGUACAAGGUGAAACAGGUGGACUGGAUAUUUCUGCCACAAUCUGUCACAAACUGGAAACCUACAAUAGACACGUCUCAAAUAACAGGAGCCAGGCCGAUUGAUUUGAGUUUAAAAGACAUCUUUAUUGGAAAAUUGUAUCGUGAUAACAAGUUAGAAACAAAAGUUUUAUUUGUAACGACAUGUGGUAGCAAAUGCCGAAGGAGAAGCCUAUGCCUCACGAACAAGCUCGAAACAGUUAAAGAUGCACAAACUAAUAGGACAUCCUAUUUUGCCAAAACAUUAAAGCCGUCUAGGUACGGAUAUAAUUGAAAUUAACCAGCACUGGUAAAACUAUGUUGAAAGGUUCGUAUCGUGACAUGGGGAAGUUUGACGAAAGUGAAGGACUGACAGACACAGUGUAUAGACAAUGCCAUAAAGAAUUCCGGUGCAACUGAGUCAAGUUGAAACCAGAUUGAAAACCCUCUAGCUGAGUACUGUAAUGUGUGCCUUAUAAGAAAACCCCCAACAACCUCACCAUCAUGACAGCACCUCCAUCUCCCAACAUAAACACUAACACACGAUGCCAACAACCACUGUACACCCAAUUAUUGUUUGCUUGAAAAGGAGGCAGCGAUCACGACGAAUGUCUAUUUUAUCUUUGGGGCCUUAUUACUUGUAGUGGAUAGUUCAUGAAUAUAAAAGCAAGUGUUACCAUUCGAUGAGACGACUGUACAUACAAACUACUUUAGCUGAUAUAAGUAUUGUUGCAGUCACGCAAAAUCGUAUUAUAUGAGAAAAGAGAUGUUUUCAGUAGAGGGUAUCUGUGUUGAUUUGUUCUCUGGAAUACAAAGUUCUUCAACAGACAUACUGGGUUAGUUAAAUGCCCCACAGCCUAGGGCACAGAUACGUGCUAACUAUUGCUACCCUUGGUCACGUAUAUGAGCAUACGAUUACCCUCAGUUUCAUUUUACGAACAGGUAGGCACUUCGUUAUUUGUACCAUGCAUACAUGGGAUGUGUUAGUAUGCAGAUUCCACGUUUGUUGAACGUUGCUCAAUGUUGUUCUAGUCUGCUGGUUCAGACAACGUGUUGCAAACAUAUGAACUUUUAUAGUUAGCUGUGACAACGGUGGAUCUUAAACACCAAGAACCCCUGACUGUAUUAUUAUUGUUGAAUCUUCCCGAGAAAGGGGAUCCAUGUUACUAGUGACUGAUAUUUCCUUCAAUGACAUCGCAGUGAUACAAUGUAAGUAAUGGGUUCAAACAACACUUCAUAUUAUUGUAUAUUGAUAUUAAAAUGCAAUUUAUCGUUAUACUACUCAUUAUGUUAAUAGAAUCAUAUAUGCUGACAUGCUUGCGCGAGUAAUGUACAAUCUGAAUUAGACAUCGUGAGAAUCAAGAGACCCACAGUAUUUCAUCAUUGGUAUAAUGUGUGAACACUGAUGAAUCCUGUAAAGUUGCUGAUUGCGGUACGUUGUUCUCUUUGAUUCCAGGGAAACAUCACAGAUUUACCUCAUAAAUGAAAUUGAAAUCAAUCCAUCAUUACCUAUUUUCCAACAACCCCUGUAUUCCACUAAGUGAGCUACGCCCAAGACUCGAUUGUCACUUCGUCACAAGGGGCCCAUGACUGAUACGAAGCAAACUCACCUGCCGAGCAAAAGAAGGCAUAUCUUGAAAAUCAGAUUUAACAAAAACAUUUUUGUCAAAACGUUACUGGGCUGAAAACAGAGACCGAAACACGACAAUAAUACCCUUAUCAUAAGGCUUAUCAAGCAUAUGUGAAUAUUUUCUUUUGCCCGGAAAUAUAGUUUAAGUAUACAUGUAAAUGCAUAAGUUUUGGGUUUUUUCGAGGUAUUGUAGAGGAUUGUUUAUGAAACUGUUAAAAUGAAAAGCUAUAUUUUCUUAUUAUGUUUUAUAAUGUUUUAUCGAUGUGUAAUGUUCUCAAUCAACGACCGGUAUGUCUUGUUCUGAACACCUUACAUUUCUACUUGAAUGUAGUGUCAGAAUCUAGCAACGUUCUUUUACUUAUUCUUUAAAAUAUAAUGCUCAACUCCAAACCUUGUAUUUUCAAAACGUUAUUAUGUAUAGUUUGUAUCGAUCAAAUGUAGUGUCUUUGGACAUCAAAGGUUAGUUCCAUACAGAGUACGUGUUAUCAGCGGUUUCCAUUUCAUAAGAAACAUAGAAUUAACUCUCGUAUUUUAACUAUUGAUUUAUGUCAUGUUCUAAGAGAGUAUCUAUGGAAACAAACCUUAUUUCCCACUUUCCCAUUCCAAAUAAAAGAAUAAGAUAUGACAUUGUUUUUAUCGGGUUCGGUAAAAAGUGAUACAGAUAUAUUUAUUUCGAUAAAAGUACCAAACACGUAACUGAACAUAUGGGCUAUGCCAUUUGUUCUUGCCCCCAAGGUUUUGUCGCAUGGAUAAAUCCCAUGGUCACUGAAACCUCGAAAAUUAAUGACAACUGGUGUUAACUGCUUCUUAUAUAAACUGUUAUUCCUAAUGAGUUUAUAUUGUAAUAGUGAUUAAGAUAAAGUUCAUUUACGAGAUAAGACGUGUUUGAUUAUUUCUA